CCGGGUGAGAACGGUUAUAUUUUCUACCUGUCUACCCGGUUACACAUUGCACGCAGCAGCAAAAAUGCAAAAUGCAGACUCGACUGAGAUCAUCGACUUGGCGAAUCACGUCGACACGUCCAGAACCGUGGACCAAAGACAUCGCAUAAUUGGAGCCGAGGAUAGUGAGCCGACCGAUCCAGGAUUAUGCGGUAAAUUUAUGACGGGAUGUGCUUGGGCACUUGUUGUCAUCACGUUCCCGUUUUCUCUAUUCGUCUGUUUCAAAGUAGUGCAGGAGUACGAACGAGCUGUAAUAUUUCGUCUGGGGCGUCUGGUGUCGGGUGGGGCGAAAGGGCCUGGUAUAUUCUUCAUUUUGCCCUGCAUUGACAACUACGCGCGUGUCGACUUGAGAACACGCACGUACGACGUGCCACCACAAGAGGUUUUGACUAAAGAUAGCGUGACGGUGUCCGUGGACGCCGUGGUAUACUAUCGGGUGUGCAACGCUACGAUAUCGGUAGCCAAUGUGGCCAACGCUCAUCAAUCUACUAGGUUAUUGGCUCAAACCACGUUGAGAAAUGUCUUGGGCACUAGGCCGUUGCAUGAAAUUCUCAGCGAUCGAGACGCCAUAUCUAAGACYAUGCAAGUGUCGUUGGACGAGGCCACAGAGUCGUGGGGCAUCAAAGUAGAACGGGUGGAAAUCAAGGACGUGAGAUUGCCAGUUCAGUUGCAGAGGGCAAUGGCGGCGGAAGCUGAGGCAGCCAGAGAAGCUCGAGCUAAGGUCAUCGCUGCUGAAGGUGAACAAAAAGCAUCUCGAGCCCUUCGCGAAGCUUCAGAAGUUAUAAGCGAUUCUCCGGCUGCUCUACAACUCAGAUAUCUACAGACAUUGAACACAAUAUCAGCUGAAAAGAAUUCUACAAUCGUAUUCCCACUGCCAAUCGAUAUUAUUUCAUUUUUUACGAGACCAAGAGAAUCACGAGAACCACGAGACCAUCGAGAUUCAACAAAAUUAGAUGUGCAAAAUAUAAGCAGUUAAAUUUAUACUAACCACUGCCGAUAAAAAUGUAAUUAACUUAUGUGAAUCAAUAACGUUCUUCAUACGUGUUAUGUGUAUCGAACAUAUAUAAUAUGUGUAGUUAUCUGUUUAAAAUACAUAUUAUCUAUUAUG